UUGUGCAGACAUUCCACAGCCCAGUCACCAGCACAGGCUCACUCAGCGGCGCUGCAGCCCAUGUCACUCAGUGGCUGUGUGCGACUAGUUCAGGAGACGGAGAGUUCCUCUGCCAGUACUUUGUUUAUGUGGAGUGGCUCCCCCACCCCCCUGCCUAAACUCCGUGGAGCAGCCCAGGCUGUAUCGCUUCUAGUAGUGUAGUACUUCACUAGUGUGGUAGUCAGUGUGUGUGCUGUGUAUGCCAGGGGAGUAGCGGUGUGAGCAGCUACUGCCAGCAGUGGCCCCGGUAAGAAGGCAGCACACGCCGGGCACGGAUACACUAUGCUGCAGGCGUCUGAGGAGGAGCACUGGGGGCUCGGAGCGGCUAGGUGAGAGAUGCCGGUGAUAGUGACGGGCAGAGAUCAGUGACACCUCCGCUGGUCUCACCGGGGGCAUCUCAGGCUGGGACUCCGAGCACAAUGGAGGAAGAACAGGCAGCAGCCAGCCCCCCUGAUACACCACGAGCUGAUGACACCGAGUCCGACGCCUUCUCCAAACUUUGGAGCGAUGUGAUGGGAAUGCUGGAUGGUUCACUGGGGAACAUUGAUGACCUCGCUGAACAGUACACUGAUUACUAUAACACCUGCUUCACAGACGUGUGCGAGAGGAUGGAGGAGCUGCGCAAGCGUCAUGUUUCCCAGGAUCUUGAUGUGGAGAAAUCUGAUGCCGGCUCCACGUCAUUACAGCUGCGAUCCCAAAUUGAAGAUUCUGUUGGAUUCAAUAGUGCAGUAUCUACGCCAGAGACUGAAAGAAAACUUUCUCUUCAUAAAUCAAGCUCAGAGGAAAGCUCUGUAGGAAAAAUUGACUGGAAGAAGAAAAAUAAGUAUUUUUGGCAGAAUUUCCGUAAGAGCCAAAAGGGAAUAAUGCGACAAACUUCAAAAGGGGAGGAUGUUGGCUAUGUGGCCAGUGAGAUCACAAUGAGUGAUGAGGAGCGGAUUCAGCUUAUGAUGAUGGUAAAGGAAAAAAUGAUCACCAUCGAGGAGGCACUUGCAAGGCUGAAGGAAUAUGAGUUGCAGAAUAAGACACCAGGGUCCCAGGAUUCAGCAGAAUGGGCUGAAGGCUCAUUUCCAGCCUGUGACGAGUCUUCCAAUUGUAAUUCAAGAGAGCAGUCUGAAGAUGAGUCAGAGGAGUCUGUCAAAUUCAAGAGACUCCACAAGCUUGUGAACUCCACUCGGCGAGUCAGGAACAAGCUCAUCAGAGCAGAAGAGAUGAAGAAGCCAAAUCCAGAAGGUCAAGAAGACGCAAUUCACAGCACUCCUGUUGUGGACGAUAAAUCUGCACUUUAUUCCGGUGUUCACAAGAAGCCACUAUGUAGAGAUAAUUCACUUGAGAAAACACAACUAGAAGGUGUUCCAUAUUCUGUGGCACCUUCAUCUGGAAACUUUGACACAAUGAGUGUUAACCGAAAACUAGUAAAGACUUUGAGCAAGACUGAAGGCCGUGGUCUCAUCAAGCCUCCCAAGAAGAUUGGAACAUUUUUUUCCUAUCCUGAUGAUGAAAAGUCCCAAAAGGUUUCUCGCUCCAUGACAGAACGAGAACUGAAGAAAAGCCUUGGUUCUUUAAGCCAUGGGGUAAGUACAGAGAGUGUUUGCUUUUAUGACAGAAACAAGCACAAACAUCACCUUUUGGUUUCUCUGGAAGAGGUGCAAAAUAUCAGGAAACAGAUAAGGUUGAAGAAACUUGAUUCUAAUUAUUCAUGCGCUAGAACUUUUCUCUGUCCGCGGCCUGCUAGGAAAGGAACAUCCUCUCCAGUUUGUGAUCAGCAAUCAUUCCGUCAAAGAUCCAAAGGAGGCAGCAGUGUCUUUCCAAACAGAAGGCCAAGGGGCCGCACAGUCAGUGAAUUUAACAUAACCUAUGUUGUCGAGAGAAGUUUGUACAGUCAUUUGAACUUAACCCAUCUUGUGCGACCUGUCAGUGACAGGACUCUUAGCAAGGCUGAGAAGCGAUGUCUGCUGGAAGAGGAAGAGGAGGCUGAAAGAAAAUGGGCUGCCACAGUGGACCGUUGUACUAAAAGGGUUCUCUUGAGAAUCCAUCAAAAGUCUAGGACGUGCAGCUUUGGUGGAUUUGACCUAACCAAUCGCUCACUGCAUGUUGGAAAUAAUGCAGACUUAUUGGAGAAAGAUGGAGAGUUUAUAUACAAAGAAGUCCUCAAAUCCCCCACCACGCCACGAAUCUCACUUGGUAAAAAAGUGAAGUCUGUCAAAGAAACCAUGAGGAAAAGGAUGUCCAAGAAAUACACAAGUUCUGUGUCAGAGCAGGACUCGAGCAUAGAUGGAAUACCUGGCUCUCCUGACCGUCCUCUGCCUCCUAUCAGCACACUUGAAAAGCCAAAACUUAAAGCCGGGGGCUCAGUGGAAAGUCUUCGAAGCUCAUUGAGUGGACAGAGUUCUAUGAGUGGUCAGACUGUAAGCACAACAGACUCCUCUGCUAGCAACAGGGAGAGCGUAAAGUCUGAGGAUGGUGAUGACGAGGAGCCGCCAUACCGAGGUCCUUUCUGUGGUAGAGCUCGAGUUCACACUGAUUUCACCCCUAGCCCUUAUGACUCAGACUCCCUGAAACUCAAGAAUGGAGACAUCAUUGAAAUUAUAAGCAAACCUCCAAUGGGCACUUGGAUGGGCCUUUUAAACAAUAAAGUUGGCACUUUUAAGUUCAUUUAUGUGGAUGUCAUCAAUGAAGUUGAAGAGAAACCUAAACGGCCGACAAGAAGACGUCGUAAAGGAAGACCCCCAAAGCCCAAGUCUGUAGAAGAGCUUCUAGAGCGCAUCAAUCUAAAGGAGCACAUGCCGACAUUUCUCUUCAAUGGGUAUGAAGACCUGGACACAUUCAAACUUCUAGAGGAAGAAGAUUUGGAUGAACUGAACAUCCAGAAUCCAGAGCACAAGGCAGUCUUACUUACAGCUAUUGAGCUAUUACAGGAAUAUGACAGUAACAGCGAUCACUCCGGGUCUCAGGAAAAACUACUCACAGAGGGCGAGAGUAAAAGCGGAUGUUCUCCCCGGGACUCUGGCUGCUAUGAGAGCAGUGAAAACAUAGAACAUGGCAAAAGUCGACUGACAUCUCCAAUAUCUCCAGAGUUGUCUUCAAACCAGCUCAUUGACUAUCCAAGCUUGAACCAGAAGGUGAUCAGAGAAGUCACACAUGGAGCUAGUGAACAGGUUGGGCAGAAUCCUAUUUAUGCUACUUGUACAAAGUCUGUGAGUCUUACUGGGUCUAAAAAGAACCGACGAAGUUUGCCUGUUGGAGUUUGUGCAAGUUGUGAGCUUGAUGGGAGCAAAUCUCUUAAGAUCUGGCCAAGGUCACACUCAAUGGACAACAUUCAACAAGAAGGAAAUGAAAUUCAUGGCAUUAGCAAAAACAUAAUAGUCUUUCCACCAGAUGAAAGUCAAGAAUCGGCUGAUGGAUUUAUUGAGGAGAAAGCUGGAAAUAUACAUGACAGGAUAUCUUGUAAUCUGGAUGCAAUUGCUAAGGGCAAAACUGCUGAUCCAGCUCAAAGCACAAGAACAUCUCAUUUACAGAGCCACAAGAAAGACACUGGUAUUUACAGCUCAACUGGCACUUCGCACGUAUCUUUGGGCAAGACACCUGUAUAUUCUGGAGAACCCAGGGUACCAGCAAAACUCCCUUCACAGCCACCCCCAGUCCCAGCCAAAAAAUGCAGAGAAAGACUUGCAAAUGGGCUAUUCCACCCUCCUCUCAGUGCUACUGGUUCAUAUAUAGAAGAAUCUCCUCUUCCAGUUAGAAAUCAUGGGCAGUUGGGUCCAAAUGAUUGCCCUUUACUUGCUACACAAGAAUGCAUUGCCCAUAUUGCUUCCCGACCACCUUGGUUGCCCAAUCCCCCAGAAACUCUAAGUGUUCCACAUCAUGCUGUAAAACUGGGUCCUGUGUCAGCACGGAAAGUUGCUUGUGCCAGGGGGAUGGAUCAAGAAAUAUUGAUAGAAAACAAGUUACAGGCUGAAGAGAUAGACCUUACAGAGGAGCCAUAUUCAGAUAAGCAUGGCCGCUGUGGUAUUCCAGAAGCCUUGGUUGAACGAUAUGCUGAAGAUUUAAGCCUGCUGGAAAAAGACAUGGCAGCUUGCAUGGAUCAGAUUCGCGUUAGACAUUUGAGAAAACAGCAUCGCAUGGCUAUCCCAAGUGGAGGACUUACAGAAAUCUGCAGGAAGCCGAUUUCUCCCAGACACAUUUCAUCCAUUUCAGAUUGGCUUAUAUCAAUUGGACUCCCUAUGUAUACCCAUCCUCUAAUGGAUGCCGGCUUCACCACACUGAGUAAUGUGCCUGCUCUCUCACAGACUCACUUACAUGCAGCUGGAAUAAAGGAAGAAGGACAUAUAAACAAGCUCCUUGGUGCAGCAAGACUUAUAAAGACCAUAAUUCCAGAGGCUUUUUAAACUAUGGACCUACUGUAAUGGGAGACCUGCUUCCACUGUUACAUUUUGCAGCCAGUGCCCAAUGAGCAGAAGAACAUGGAUUCCAUAAUCUCUAACUGACCUGACAUGUUAAUUUCUUAAAUACCGAUGACACAAGGCAGAACUUUUGGAAGAUUGCAUAUUAUUGGUUGACUCAAAUAAUUGUGCAUUGUAAGGUGAAGUUUUCUGUGACUACCAGACCUGUAGACUAUGGAUAUUGAGAAGUGUUUUAUGGUAUCUUUGCUUUUAUUUCGGUAGUAUCGGCACAAGAACAUUUACCUACAGUAGGCCAAAGUAUUACAGUGAAUUUAAAUGUUUGUUUUUUAACAUAACUAAUACAAUCAUGCUUUUUCAUA